AUGAUGACCAUGAACGGCAAGCAGCAUUUCACUAUGCACCCCGCGCUGCACGAGCCCAAGUACCCUGGCCUGCAUGCCAGCUCGGAAGGCAUGCGCAGAGUGUGUCUGCCUGCCCCGCAGCUCCAGGGCAAUAUAUUCGGUGGCUUUGAUGAGAGCCUACUGGCGCGCGCGGAAGCUCUGGCGGCUGCUGACAUUGUCUCUCACGGCAAGAGCCACCCUUUCAAGCCAGACGUUACUUACCAUACCAUGAGCAGUGUCCCUUGCACCUCCACGUCCUCCACGGUGCCAAUCUCCCACUCGUCUACCCUCACCUCGCACCAUCACCACCACCUCAGCCAGGUCCUGGAGAACGACCUACUGGAUCACCUGUCCUCCGGCCUCUCCGUUAGCGGCAUGGGGGCUCCGGACACGUCCGGCAUGAGCACGCAGGCCCAUCAACACCACCUCCAGACCAUGGGUCACCUCCACCAGGCGAUGGCCAUGGGCCAUCCCCACUCUCUUUCUGUGCACAACGGCAUGGCGUGCGUCAACGACGUGGAGUCGGAUCCACGUGAGCUGGAAGCCUUCGCAGAGCGGUUCAAGCAGCGGCGAAUAAAGCUGGGGGUGACCCAGGCGGACGUUGGGUCGGCGCUGGCCAACCUGAAGAUACCCGGUGUGGGCUCCCUAAGUCAGAGUACCAUCUGUAGGUUCGAAUCUCUAACCCUCUCUCACAAUAACAUGAUCGCUCUCAAACCGGUUCUGCAGGCUUGGCUCGAGGAGGCGGAGGCAGCUUACCGGGAGAAGAAUAACAAGCCGGACCUUUUCAGCAGCAACGAGAGGAAACGGAAACGCACUUCUAUCGCCGCGCCGGAGAAGCGUUCUUUGGAAGCGUACUUUGCCAUCCAGCCGCGUCCGUCCUCCGAAAAGAUCGCAGCGAUCGCAGAGAAACUGGAUUUGAAAAAGAACGUGGUUCGUGUGUGGUUUUGCAAUCAACGCCAGAAACAGAAACGGAUGAAAUAUUCGGCAGUGCAUUAAUUGCCUCCAUGAAUAAAAAACGACAUUUUGACGGAUAGGUGAACAGGGAACUUACAAACUAUUGGAUUGACUAUCACGACUUUAGGAUGUCUCAGAAUUUAGACUGCUUUGUUAUUUUGUGUGUCUGGUUCGCUGUCCUAUAACACUUUGCACAGUCCAAGUUGUUCAUGGUGUUAACAUGUUGUGCUAAAGGUCUAUUUUGAGGAGAUGUUUUUCAUUUAAUAAUUUUUUUAAAUCACUGGAUUGUGUCAUAGAGAAAAACGGAAGUAGUCCUAUUCAAGGAAUUAAGACACGAACGGAAAUUACCAUCAUAUUAUGGUCUGAAUUAUGGAUGCUGAAAUAAUAUAUUCUCAUUCUAUCACUAUUGUCAAUAUAAUGUUUUCGUUUUUGCGUUUCAGUCUAACUCACAUGUCGGGAGCCUAUGUAUUCGAUCAUAAUAAGGCAGGGUCCCUGACUCACCACCUUAAUACAAACACAUGAAUGUGCUCUGUUAACCUCACUGUGCAAAUGAGCAAAAUCACAUUGUCACAUAGCCUACUUGAUUUUCUUUAAUUAUUUACAAAGUGUCACUAUUCAAACAGGGGCACGUCCAAGGGGCAUUAUUAGAAAGCUGCUAUAUUUUGUGUAUUUUGAUGUGAACGGUUUAGGAGUAGGAUAAAAUGCAGGGAUACAGCUAGGAGUAUUUUCUUCACUCUUGGAUUUCACUUGAUAAAUGUGUGCAGUUCAAAC